UUUGAUUUUAACAUAUUCACAAAAUUUAUAAUUCGUCUUAUUCAAAAGUAGAUUAAUUAUAAUUUGUAUUGCAGACGGAACCGACACGCUUGGGUAAACUAUCGGGAUAUCAGUGGGGACGGUAAAUGGAGAAGGCGUGAUUGUACCCAUCAAACGUAUUUUCCACGAAAGAGCAUGCGCAACAACGUAAACAACGGUCGCCAUAUGCUUUGUGCAGUGGUUGAUAUCCUCUCUGACACAUGGGCGGCCGAAAACUGCUACGAUACUAACCCUGUGCUAUGCGAGUUUGAACAAGGAAAACGGAAGACAGGGCUAAGCGGGCAGGGUCGUUCCUUAGAGACCUCUUCCUUAUCUACAUUUUCAACAAGAUUCGUGACCGGAUUGUCAUCACUCUCAACUCAUGGUGAUAUUUUGCGGUCACUUUCCCGUGACGUGCGAACUUCUGAACCACAUCUUCCUAACAAACGGAGGAAAAGAUCUCGAUCUGCAGGCACUCGAGAACACGUCACAGAAGACAAUAGUGUGAAAUCGAAAAGGAAAAUAAAUACCAAUCAGAAAAAUAGCAGUAUACUUUUCAGUAAACAAUCUAACAACGAAAUGCGAACAGAACAUAAGGAAUCAGAAACACUUCUUCAUUCUCUCGACGGUGUGUUGACAAAUUUGUCCGACAAUCUUGAUGCAACAAAUAUUCCUUUUUCGGACUCAACAGAACUUAACAAAUAUGAAGACAACACAACAACCUCUUCCACAGCAACACCAAACACGGCUCACGUAGCCAUAGGGAUUCUGGGUAUAAUUGUGUUUGUUAUACUAAUAUGUGGUCUGUUUACGAAUGAUCUUAAAUCUAUGAUGUUACAUAUUGUCAGAGACGAGGAGGGAAGGGCGAACAGAGAGAACCACGCUCUGUACCACCCCCAUUUAACUGUGCACGCAAACUACCUAAAUGAACACUCUUCAACACAGACUUUGUCUGAGACACAAGAACGCUUGUCUUUUAAGGAUUAAAUCAACAAUGUUCUAAAUGCGAUUAACAUAAUGCUGCCGGUAUUUAUUAAUGGGAUAUUUUGCUUCUACGUGGAUUUGGUACUGACAAGUUAAACAUUUUAACUGUUUAGGUCUCUAGGCCUCGGGUGAUCGUGGCAAAGAUCUUGUAUAUGAGAAAGUGGCCUAAAGGGCCAAUAGAGUGAAUCGGUUGUAAAACAAAUGGCGGAAGCUUGUAGUUUUGUAUUACGACAAUUGCGGAAGACAGAAAAGCACAAACAGAAUUGGACAAUUAAGGCAUCGAAUCGAUUGUCUCUUCAUUGUUUCUAAGUAAAGAACUCACAUCAGAAAUCCCUCGAUACCGCAGAGGAUUCAAAUAAGGCGCCCCUGUGACCUCGGGUAACAGUUCAUCAGGUUGCUCCCAAUACUUCAGGGGAGGAGAUUUGAUUGUUGACUGAUAAGGCAUGAAACUACUGUAUAAUGCUGUUAGGUUGUUUUACAUUCCUGAUCAACCAUAGAUUAAAUA